AUGAAUGAUGGAGAGGCAGACGAUGCUAUGGCCGAAGCUUCCGUCUUAUUCCAGCAGAGGGAGAAGAAGAACCAAACGGAGGAGGGAGGAUUGAAACGAGAAGGACGAACCUACAACGAGUUCUCUCUGCAGGGAGAAGAAGAGGAGCUGAAGCACAAACUCGAUCUCCUUCACCGGAAUGCAGUUUGUUUCAGCGACUGCUGGGACGCGUACGAGUGGACGGACAUGAUUUUCUUUCAGGAAAAUCAAUCUGCCUCAAAUGCUCUGGACAUGAAAACAGCCUCCAGCGCCAGCAAGCAACUGUCUGUCAGGAUGUACACCGCGCCCGAUACGAUGAAAGGUCUCUGUGCAGUUAGGUCGAAGGAAGAAGGCACGCUGGUGAAGAAGGCGGCCAGUCGACGAAAAUGCAACAUGGUCCGCGUCACGGAGAUCGUCGCGUCCUCGGGCAUCCUCGACGUUCUGCAGUGUCUGGGCUUCAGGCAGAUCACUCAAGUGUUCGUCAAGGCUCGAGUGUAUCUGAGUAAAGUGGGGACGCCGAACAGCACCACGCUUCUCGUUCAGCGUCAUUUCUCGGAUCCUGAGCACAACACGCCUUUGUUUCUCCGCAAAGGAGGCCGCGCAGAACCAGUGACCGCUUGGCUGAUUGAAGCCAAAGCACGAUGCGAGGGAGACGGAGCAGUUGCAGCGACAACGGACUUACAUCUCUUCAACUACGCUGCAAAUUUCGGCCCCCUCUUGAAUCUGAGGAAAGUCGAGGACAGCGCUCUCUCUGAAGCUGAACGCGAACUUGUUCACUCCUCUCAUCCCCGUCGGUUGUGA